UGUAUAUCGAACAAAGCGGAAUGUUUACGGUGAAAGCAGUUUUGGUAGUGUCAUCACUAAUAAUAAACGGUCUACGCUUGCAAUGGCUGACGUCACAGCUAUGCUUGUGGGUGAACUAGAAGUCAUCAACGACGAUCACAUUGAGUUAGAUUUGAUAGACGAAUAUGCGUAUCCAAUUGCGGACCGCAAUUUAGUGAUAAAUCAGCGAAUAAGACUGGGCCCUACGCCUUUCGUUGGUAUCACCAAUUAUGUCCAAGUGACCGUUUGGAGAUACUCAAACGAUGCUUUCAAGCGGCACUUUAGAAUGAGUCGAGAUGCUUAUGUGAGAUUGCUGCAUAGAUUUACACACUACUUGCCAUUUUCAACUGUUUCCCAUAAUGUGAACUUUUAUUAUUUCUUUGUACCAUUGGCAACCAAGAAUCAUUCAGAACAGUCGGAGAUCGAUUCGGAAUGCUGCCAGGUGACGCCCAUUUCAUUUUUCUUGCCACCUGCAAAGUAA